GUUUUUAUUUAUUUUUUAACAUUUGUAAAUGCAUAUACAUGAAAAUAUAGUUCAUCAUUUUGUAGAUCUGCUUAAAUUUGAGAUCUUCAAACUAUUACUUCAUAUUGAUGGAUGUAAUUUUAAAGACAAACUGUUGUAAACUUAUGCACCUGCCAUGAUAAAGGAAUUUGAGAUAAGAAGAUUUCACCACGACUAUUAUGCUCAAAGACGGCAGAAUGGCCUUUGAGACAGUCCAGUGAUUGCAUUUUCGGAUAGAGAAGAAAAUGUUUCGUGGUCCAGAGAAAACUCUAGGGAAAUGUUGCCCCCCUUUUCAAGAUGAUAAGAGAAAAGGAAGGAACAAGAUGGCCCUCACUCUCGAGAGCAGCGACCUCUACAACAGACGGAAAUUCUCUAUCUCUCGCAUUGACGAAAUGGAAGACUUACUCGCAGGAGCCAAUCUGGGCCAGGGCCAACUUGGGACACCAGCCAAAGCUCUGGCCAAGAAUCCUGGCCGCAGAGACACUCCCAGACCACAGAAUAUACCUGAUCCAAGUCCUGAAUAUUGUGAGCCCUAUGGAUGCACGCCCCCUGUUGAUGAGAUCCUGAUGAGGAGGAGAUUAUUGUCACCGCAGGAGAGCCAGAAGGAGGUUAACCCACUGCCCAAACCCCCACGUAACCAGGGAAGCCCAAUGGAAAAGAGAAUCACGCAGAUGAAUGAGAGGGAGAUAGCGAAUGAAUUUGUGAAACAGUUCCUGAGCAAUAUUGACAUGAAGCAAGCCUUGGAAGAGGUUCCUCCGGACUUCCCGCCCCCUGAGAGCUUACACAUCAUGUCUCUGGGGGCCAUGGCCUGCACCCGGUGCGGGGAUAGCUUCGAGCCCCAGGAGAAGAUCGUCAACUCCAAUGGUCAGCUGUGGCACACUCAGUGCUUCGUGUGUGCCCAGUGCUUCCGACCGUUCCCCGACGACAUCUUUUACGAGUUCGAAGGCCGCAAGUACUGCGAACAUGACUUCCAAGUGCUCUUUGCGCCUUGUUGUGGCAAAUGCAACGAGUUCAUCAUUGGGCGUGUGAUCAAGGCCAUGAACUCCAACUGGCACCCCCAGUGCUUCACCUGCGAGCUCUGCAUGAAGGAGCUGGCCGACCUGGGCUUCAUCCGCAAUGCUGGCCGGGCGCUCUGCCACGAGUGCAACGCGCGGGUCAAAGCAGAAUCCCUCGGCAAAUACAUGUGCCAUAAGUGCCACUCGACCAUCGAUGGGGAGCCACUACGCUGGCGUGGCGACACCUUCCAUCCUUAUCACUUCAACUGUGCGGCCUGUGGCAACGAGCUGACUGCCAAUGCCCGAGAAGUCAAGAGCAGACCUGGCUACACUGCCAACGAAAUGAACGAACUAUACUGCUUACGAUGCCACGACAAGAUGGGUAUUCCUAUCUGCGGUGCUUGCAGGCGGCCCAUUGAGGAGCGCGUGGUGACCGCCCUGGGCAAGCACUGGCACGUGGAGCACUUCGUGUGUGCCAAGUGCGAGAAGCCUUUCAUGGGUAACCGCCACUACGAGCGCAAAGGGUUGGCCUAUUGCGAGACCCACUAUCACGAACUCUUUGGCAACCUGUGCUUUGUUUGCAACUCAGUUAUUUAUGGUGAUGUGGUAAUGGCCCUCAACAAAGCCUGGUGCACCCAUCACUUUGCCUGUGCUUUGUGUGACACAAAAAUGACGCAGAAAACCAAGUUCUUUGAGUUCGACCAAAGACCCAUUUGCAAGAAGUGCUACGAGAGGUUCCCGCAGGAGCUGAAGAAGCGGCUCAAGAGGCAGCACGAAGUCCAGGCGCGCGGAGGCAAGCCUGCCGUCUAGGCUAGCCUGGGCUGGAAUCUCCCUCCGAUACCCGACAGGCCCUGAAGGCAAUUGACGAGGGGCCUAAGUUUGAGUGAAUAACUGAUUCUUCUCCCUUGAUAUUAUGCCUAUAUCAAAAUCUAGUUUGAUUUUUAAUUUUUGAUUGCUCUCCAUGAUAAUGUGGAAUUGUAACACUUUUAAAUAACAUGGAUAUGAUAUUAAUUUUAAUAGUGAUUAUAGUAAUGAUCAUCUCCUUUAACACUUGAUUGGAUACUAAUUCUUAUAUAAGCAAACAGAAUUUUAUUUGUGUUAUUGACUGCAUUUAUAUCAUUUUACAAAUUAAUAUAAAUAAUGCUGUUGACAAAGUUCUUCCUGUGAACGGAUUUUAACUAGUGUCUGUCUUAUUAUCACUAAAAAGAAUCUUCAUUUAUGAUACCACUGAAACAGACUAAUUAUUUUUUGCUGACGUACGCACAGUUACUGAACCGAAUGAAGUGAAGUUCAUUCAAUAUAAGAAACGUAGGAUAACUAACUUACAAAUAAAUCCAAAAACAUUAAAUAAAGAAACUCAAGAUGACCACAAAUUACCAAGAAACACAAGUCGUCUCAAAAAAAAAAAAAAAAAAAAAAAUCUCAAAGUGUUCACAUCCGGUGGAAGUUCUGGGAAACAGAUAUCUCCCCCACCCCCCCACCCCCCCAUCCACCCCCGCCCACCUACUCAAGAGGAGUGCAACGGAAUAAUCACACCUGUGUCACUGUGUACUGAGGAAGGAAGCUCAUUACGUAUGCAUGGCCUGUGUAAGAAAGGGGCGGAGACUAUGCAGAUUGAUUGUGAAGAAAUUAAGGGGCUAGAGAUAAUCCCGCGGUCUUCAUUAUGCCUUCCGCAGCUUCCUGGAGGCAAGCCCUGUUUUCUUUUUAUUUCCUCUUUGUUGUUGUGUCUUCAUUUGUUUGUUGCCAAUCUUUCUGUCUUUCUUUCCUUUAUCUUGAUCUUUUGCUCUUUUUUUUUUUUUUUUCCUGCUAAUUCUCGUCUCUUUCUAUUUCUUUCUCUCCGUGUCUCUGUCUCUCUUCCCUCCCAUGCAAUCUCUUGUUUCUUUCUCUCCUUCUCUCCCUCAUUCUUUCUCUUUUCCUCUACCAUAUCUCCCUCUUUCACAAAGUUCCCAAUUGAGCCAAAGUUGUGUGUAAAUACUUGCUUUAUUCUUAAUUAGCUAACAUUAGUGCAUUAGGGUGUCCUUUCCUCUUUUAUUCUUAGCUGGAAGUGUAAAAGCAGUAUAGAGAGGUAGUAUGUGUCAUGAUGUUUAUUCUUGAUAUUUUUACAGUUAGUUUUGUCUUUUCAAGUGUUAUGACUAAGAAUCAUUACACAGUUGUUAGGUAAUGUGUUUUUUUUUUGUGUCUUGUCAUGAAAGGAUUUUUUUUUCUAGCUUUUUCUUGCCAUAUUUUUACAGAUGUUACUUCCAAAGAAAACUAGAAAGUAUUCAGAGCAAGAAAAAAAUAACAAGUGUUCCUUUUUUUUUUCUGUUCCUAUUAUUGUCUUUUUCUCUGUAUCUUUUCUUUCCCCUUUUUAUUGUUUUUCUUUUUCCUUCCCUUUCUCUCUCUCUCUCUCUCUCUCUCUCUCUCUCUCUCUCUCUCUCUCUCUCUCUCUC